ACUGCUAAAGAAUUGAUGUUGGAAUUGGAAAAGGCUUACGAUGAUUUCUGCAACGUGAACGAAGAGUACGAGAUAGCUGUUAUGGAUGAAUGUAAUGCUGAACAUCGAGUGGUGAAUGAUCAUAAUAAAGAUAGCGAGUUCAACGAUUACGAGAAGCAUAUAAACAAAUCUGGGAAGAUCAUUGCUCGAAGCUUGUUUGCUUAUUAUGAUUUACGCUAUUAUAUAGAUUUUGUAGCUAACUCUUAUGAGCAUUGUUGGCAGUUAUAUAACCAUAAGCUAUAUAACCAAAAAGCAUUAGAAGGAUUUUCCCCUCAGGCUUUACAAUAUUUUUUACCAUGUGACAAUGAAAGUGUCCAAACUGCAGUAAAUACUUUAUCAGAUCCUCUAGAAAAAUUAACACAAGUUGCUGAUGAGUUUAGAGAUCAAAUUGAACAUGCUACAGGAAAUAAAGAAAAAAUAAAAAUAAAAUGUCGUAUAUAAAGUCUGGACGGAGAGCCAGCAUACCUUUAAACAAAAACGAUAGUAAUUAAGUAAAAAAUAUGUUAAACAUUACAUUAACAGGCAAUUUAACACAAACUAGUUUGCGCGUAGCAUGUUUUCCCACAAUCUCCUUGCACACAUGACACAGUCAUUACUAAAAUUACUAGGACAUUUUUCUAUUCGUCUCUGUAAACCUAUACAUUUUAUUCUUCACUUAUAUUUAGGCC